UCUGGCGGAGGAUUAACAUACAUACAUGUGUAUGUACGCGUCACGUAUAUAUUUACUGCAAAUGGUGGGGAUCAUUUAGUGCCCGAGAUGGGAGACCUGAAGUCAGGUUUUGAAGAGGUGGAUGGCGUGAGGCUCGGCUACCUCAUCAUUAAAGGGAAGCAAAUGUUUGCCCUCUCCCAAGUCUUCACGGAUCUGCUGAAAAACAUCCCGAGGACGACCGUGCACAAGCGCAUGGAUCAUCUGAAAGUGAAGAAGCACCACUGCGAUCUGGAAGAGUUGAGGAAACUCAAGGCAAUCAACAGCAUCGCCUUCCACGCCGCCAAAUGCACGCUCAUCUCCCGGGAAGACGUGGAAGCGCUCUACACCUCCUGCAAAACCGAGCGCGUCCUCAAGACCAAGCGCAGGCGGGUCGGUCGGGCCCUGGCCACAAAGGCGCCGCCGCCAGAGCGCGCCGCCGCCGCGGCCAGUCCCCGCCCGGGUUUUUGGAAGGACAAGCACCAACUUUGGCGGGGCCUGAGCGGAGCCGCGCGGCCCCUGCCAAUCAGCGCGCAGUCCCAGCGCCCGGGCGCCGCCGCCGCGCGCCCAGCCGCCCAUCUACCUCAGAUUUUUAGCAAAUACCCCAGCUCGCACUACCCGGAGAUCGUGCGCUCGCCGUGCAAACCCCCUCUAAACUAUGAAACUGCCCCGCUCCAGGGAAACUACGUCGCCUUCCCCUCGGACUCGGCUUAUUUUCGGAGCCUGCUGUGCAGCAAGCACCCGGCCGCCGCCGCCGCCGCCGCCGCCGCCGCCGCUGCCGCUGCCGCCGCCGCCGCCGCCGCCUACUACCAGGCAUCGGCGGCCGGGCCCCAGCCCAAGGCGGCGGCUGGCGCUGGAGGCCCGGGGAACCUGAGCUACCGCUGCAAGCGCAAGCGCGGCGGCGCCAAGGAAUGCCUGCUCGCGCCCCACGCCGGCGCGCGGCGCCUGCUGCUGCUACCCAGGUCCUACAAAGCCAAGGCGGCCGCGGCGGCGGCGGCGGCGGCGGCGGCAGCGGCGGCGGCCGCCGGGGCCACUUGCCUGGAGAGGUUUCAUCUGGUCAACGGCUUCUGCCCCCCUCCGCACCACCACCACCACCACCACCAUCACCACCACCACCACCACCACCGGGCCCAGCCGCCGCAGCAGAGUCACCACCCCCCUCACCACCGUCGGCCGCAGCCCCAUCUGGGCAGCUUUCCCGAGAGUUGCAGCAGCGACUCCGAGUCCAGCUCCUACUCGGACCACGCGGCCAACGACUCGGAUUUUGGCUCCAGUUUGUCCAGCUCCAGUAACUCUCUGUCCUCGGAAGAAGAGGAGGAGGAGGGAGAAGAGGAGGAGGAGGAAGAGGAGGAGGAGGAGGGGGGCAGCGGGGCCUCGGAUUCCAGUGAAGUCAGCUCGGAGGAGGAGGACUCGUCCACGGAGUCGGACUCCAGCUCCGGCUCCAGCCAAGUGUCAGUGCAGAGCAUCCGAUUCAGGCGCACCAGCUUCUGCAAGCCUCCCAGCGUGCAGGCGCAGGCCAACUUCUUGUACCAUCUGGCCUCCGCCGCCGCUGCAACCAAACCCGCUGCUUUCGAGGAUGCCGGCAGACUUCCCGACCUCAAGAGUAGUGUCAAAGCGGAGUCGCCGGAGGAGUGGAAUCUACAGAGCUGGGCCCCCAAAGCCUCUCCGGUGUACUGCCCGGCCAGCUUGGGGAGUUGUUUCGCAGAGAUAAGGAACGAUAGGGUAUCUGAGAUUACAUUCCCACACUCUGAAAUUUCCAGUACUGUAAAGAGAACUGACCUGACAAUUAACUGCCUGGCAGAGGGGGCCUCUUCACCUAGCCCAAAGACAAACAAUGCAUUUCCACAACAAAGAAUACUCCGAGAGGCUAGGAAAUGUCUACCAGCAACUCCUACUACACACUGUGCAGAUAACAACACAAUAGCUGCUAGGUUCUUAAAUGAUGAUUCUUCAGGAGCAGAAGCAAAUUCAGAAAAAGAUUCCAAAAUCUCUCAUUGUCCUGAAUUUGCUACGGAUUUGCCCUCUUCGCAAACUGAUCCUGAAGUGAACGCUGCAGCAGCAGCAACUAAAGCCGAGAAUCCCUGCACUGACACAGGCGACAAGACAUUGCCGUUUCUGCACAAUAUUAAAAUCAAAGUAGAAGACAGUAGUGCUAAUGAAGAAUAUGAACCUCACCUUUUUACAAAUAAGCUAAAGUGCGAGUGCAAUGAUACAAAGGGUGAGUUUUACAGUGUGACUGAGAGUAAAGAGGAGGACGCCUUGUUAACCACAGCCAAGGAAGGUUUUGCAUGCCCUGAAAAAGAAACUCCUUCCUUAAAUCCACUGGCUCAGAGUCAGGGCCUUUCAUGCACUUUAGGUUCUCCAAAACCUGAGGAUGGGGAAUAUAAAUUUGGUGCCAGGGUGAGAAAAAAUUACCGGACACUAGUACUGGGAAAGCGACCUGUCCUUCAGACACCUCCAGUCAAACCAAAUUUGAAAUCAGCUAGAAGCCCUCGUCCUACAGGUAAAACUGAGACACAUGAAGGAACACUGGAUGAUUUUACAGUUAUAAACAGACGCAAAAAGGUAGCCAGCAAUGUAGCAUCAGCAGUGAAAAGGCCAUUUAAUUUCAUGGCAAAUUUUCCUUGUCCACCAUCACUCAUUAUUGGGAGAGAUGGGGAUUUGUGGCCGGCAUAUUCCUUAAACACCACUAAGGAUUCUCAAACUCCUCACAAGGCCCAUCCUAUAUGGAAAUGGCAGCUGGGCGGUUCUGCAAUACCUCUUCCACCUAGUCACAAAUUCAGGAAAUUUAAUUCAUAAAAAUGCUUUGGAAGAUAUUUUCUUGAACCAUAUUACCUUCCUUUUGUUGUAAACUGCACAGGAUGGUUUGUACAAGUCCAUUAAUGUGUUACACCCCCUUUGGAGUCCUGGUUUAUCGCAUUUUGAAGACAGAAAUCGGAUUACUUUUUUUCCGUUGCGGGUUUUUUUUUUUUUUUUUUUUUUUUUUUGGGGUGGGGGGGGGGGGGGGUGGGAGAAGGGUUGGUUUACAUUCCACAGACUACUUCAGGCUAAAGACUCAAGUAAAACUCAGUUAUUACGGUAGAGCUGGAACACUUUACUGUUUCAAUGCUAAUAAUGCACCUGGUACCUCAAUUCAACUGCUACAAAUAAAUGUCAAAAGGUUGAAUAAUAAAUAUUACAAUGAGCCAUUAAGUUUAUGCACUAGAUUUCAGAGCUGAAAGUGUAACUGUUAAUUCAGAGAAAGUUUGCUAGGUUACAUGGUUACACAGUGAGGUGAGGUGAGGUGGCAAGAAGUUUCUGUGAGCCCAAAAUUUUAUUUUCUGGAGCUCUUGUUUGUGGGAUAUCUUUUACUUUUGACUCCCCUCAUUCCCUCUCCAAGAGUAGUUGCACUUAACUUUUUUUUUUUUUUUUUUUUUUUUUUUUGAGUGGAAGGAUUGGGGUGUGAGUCCUGAUUAAAUACUGGUAAAAGCUGCCUCAUGCAUACUGAGUAAAAUAAAUAUGGAAUUAUAUUUUUUUUGUAAAGGGAGUGAUUUUACUUUUUUAAAGCCACUCCUUGCAAUUGAAAAAGUCCUUUUUGUGUUCUCACCCAAAGGUUUUAAAUAAGGUGACUCUUACUGUUGUCCUGCUUAUCUUGUGGUCUGAACAUGACUCUUCAAACUCCCAUAACAAUUGAAAUAUUUUUUCUUUUUCUUUUUCUUUUUUGAGACGGAGUUUCACUCUUGUUGCCCAGGCUGGAGUGCAAUGUUGAAAUCUCGGCUCACUGUAACCUCCACCUCCCGGGUUCAAACAAUUUCUCCUGCCUCAGCCUCCCGAGUAGCUGGGAUUACAGGCGUGCACCACCAUGACCGGCUAAUUUUUGUAUUUUUAGUAGAGACAGGGUUUUGCCAUGUCGACUAGGCUGGUCUCAAACUCCUGACCUCAGGUGAUCCCCGCCCCCACCCCCCAUCCCCGCCUCAGCCUCCCAAAGUUCUGGGAUUACAGGUGUGAGCCACCAGGCCCGGCCUGAAAUAGUUCUCUUAAUAGCAGGGUAUUUUAUGGUCAAACUCUUGAUAGUGACGAAGCAGUAAAUACAACCAAGAAAAAGAAAAUGGGGGUCAGAGUUGCAAUACCCUAAAUGAAAAAUAACAGUUUUUUCAGGGCUUUUUGGUACCAGAACUCAGGCACUUGGAUUUUAUUACCUUAUACUUUUUCUGCAUCUCUCUAAAACUUUUGUUUUCGGACCAUCCUGUGUAUAGAGCAGGAGAGUUUCUACUGCAAGUGACAAUCAGAGGUGACUAUCUAUAUUUGCACUUAAAAUCAAAGUAGUUCAACAUGCAAAUACUAGGGUCUAGCCCUUGGUAAGGGCCAUGCUGGUGUACUGUGUUGUGUUGAUGGAAGCAGUAAAUCAAAAUUAUGGAAAUUUGCACUGUUGAAAAGCAUGCUUUAGCUUUAUUUUCAAUUAAAAACACUGUUUAAAAUUC